AUGGACGAGGAGGAGGACACUAGGGAGGAGGAGGAGGACACUAGGGAGGAGGAGGAGGAGUCUAGGGACGAGGAGGCUUCGACGGAGAUGGCUCCGAAGAAGUUGCGGAUUCGUGGGGAAGCGCAGGUUCCCGAUGAGAGUAAGGAACCUGCUACGGAGGAUGAGAAGUGGCUCCUUGUCCCAGGAAAGAUAGAGAAUUUCACAUACACGGGGAAGAAUGUCCGCGUGCCAGGGAGUCUGAUUGGAGCUGCUAUUAGGAAGUACUGGCCGGGGAUGUACACUCCGGUCCUUGGGGGCGAGUCCAAGCUAGCCUACACUUGGGAAGACUUUGAGAUAGCGCCUUACCCUGGCUUUACUUCCGCCGCCGACGCCGUGAUCAAGAAGUUUUGGCGCAAUUAUAGGGUGGCGACUGAGCAUAAGGAGAGGGCGGACGUGGUGCUCCGUAACAUGUGUCGGAAGUUGACACGGCAGCAGUGGUACAACCAGAGGAUCACGUGCAUCGGCCACUUCUAUGCUGAGCAGGGCGUAAGGUACACAAAGCCUGAGAUUGUGCAGGGACUCGCCCCGGCUAUGACGAUAGAGGACUUCAUGUCGGUUGUACCACAUUGGGCUGAUAAUAAUAAGAGGGCCGCCUUCAUGGAGUUGGUCAAGAAUUGGGUCGGCGAAAACCCCGAUUUCAAGGCCGUGAGCGACCGGAACAAGGCCAACCGUGGGAAUCAGGGAACACACACUGCGGGGAGCAGCAGCACCGAUCGCUAUCGGGAGCGUCUGGGGAAGAAGCUCGGGAGGGAACUUGGUGAGAUGGAAGCGUGGACGCACAUGAAGCUGGUGACGCCCCGUCCGAACGAGCCUCGGCCCGCGCCUGAGAUGUACUACGGCAAGGCCAAAGAGAACAAGGAAAGAUACUGCGAGGAGUACGCCAAGCUCCAUCCAGAGGUGGAGGACCCUAUGACCGAGCCGGUCGACGAGGUGGCGAUGAUGUCGGCGGGGGAAAUUCUAUAA